GUCUACAGAAGAAAGCCUAACUCAUAAACCCUGUACCCUGCAAAAUCCAUCUUGCGUCUUCUUCAGUUCUCUACCAGAAUCUAAACAUGAGCUUGAGGGUACCGUUUAAAACCCUAAUCCAAUGUCCAUAUGCAAUGUUUAGCAGAUCCUACCACACGACUAAAAGGGUGACCUUGUACUCAAAAAUCAGUCCUUUAGGAGACCCCAGCAUUAGUUUGGUGCCUGAGCUCGAAAAUUGGGUCCAACAUGGGAACAAGGUUCGAGUUGGCGAGCUUCAGCGCAUCAUUCGCGACCUGCGUCGACGAAACCGGUUCGGUCAAGCCCUUGAGGUGUCUGACUGGAUGAACAAAAGAGGCAUUUGCAUAUUCUCUCCGGUUGAACAUGCUGUUCAAUUGGAUUUGAUUGGUAGAGUCCAUGGGUUUCUUUCAGCUGAGAACUAUUUCAAUAGCUUGAGGGACCAUGAUUUAACUGAUAAGACAUAUGGUGCUCUUCUAAAUUGUUAUUGUAGGCAGCGUCAAGUUGACAAGUCCAUCUCACAUUUACAGAAAAUGAAGGAGAUGGGUUUUGCCUCAUCACCUCUUGCUUACAAUGACAUUAUGUGUCUCUACACAAAUGUUGGCCUCUAUGAGAAGGUUCCUCAUGUGCUAACUGAGAUGAGGGAGAACAAGGUAUCUCCUGACAACUUCAGCUACCGAAUCUGCAUCAAUUCAUAUGGUGCUAGAUCUGACAUUGAGGGAAUGGAGAGAGUUUUGAAUGAGAUGGAAUGCCAACUGGGGAUUGCCAUGGACUGGAACACAUAUGCUGUUGUUGCCAAUUUUUACAUAAAAGCUGGACUUUCUGAUAAGGCAAUUUAUGCUCUUAAAAAAUCAGAAGAGAAGUUAGAUAAGAAAGAUGGAAUUGGUUAUAACCAUCUGAUAUCACUCUAUGCGACUUUAGGGGAUAAGGUUGAGGUUUUGAGAUUAUGGGAUCUGGAGAAAAGUGCAUGUAAGAGGCACAUAAACAGAGAUUUCAUCACCAUGCUGGAAUCUUUGGUAAAACUUGGUGAGCUUGAAGAAGCUGAGAAAAUAUUGAAAGAGUGGGAAUCAUCUGGCAACUUUUAUGAUGUUCGGGUACCAAAUACUGUUAUUAUUGGGUAUUCUAGAAAAGGAUAUUAUGAGAAAGCAGAAACAUUACUUGAAGAAUUGAUGGAGAAAGGAAAAGUUACCACCCCAAAUAGUUGGGCCAUUGUUGCUUCAGGAUACGUUGAAAAAGGUGAGGUGGAAAAAGCUUUUGAAUGUAUGAAGGCUGCGUUUUCCUUGCAUGUGAAGAACAAGGGAUGGAAGCCAAACCCUCGGGUGAUCACAGACAUUUUAAGUUGGCUUGGUGAUGAAGGUAGUGCUGAAGAUGUAGAAGCUUUUGUGGCCUGUUUGAGAGUUAUCAUUCCAAUGAACAGACAAAUGUAUCAUGCUUCAUUGAAGGCAAAUAUAAGAAGUGGCAAAGAUAUUUGUGGACUUUUGGACUGCAUGAAAACUGAUAAAAUAGAUGAAGAUGAAGAAACGAAGAAAAUACUUGGCAAGAGAUAGAAGUAAAGUUGAUCUGUUAAUUUGCUAACAUAGUUCAUUGUUAAGAAAUCAUCGAAUUGUAAUGCCGCAAUUUGUUUGCUUCCAUGAAUGUAGAGUUCAAAAUUUUCAAGAUUAUUUAUGCUAGUGCAAUUUAUACAAGAUGCAAACAUGAGCUCAAUAGAUGCAGCCCCACAACAAUUGGAUCUUGCUUGGAUUGGCUUUUCUUACCUGUACUAGCCAUCAAGUUUCACUUGAUCAUCUUGUGUGUAUAGUUUAUGACAUUGAUCUUCAGAACAUGCAGUAAUCUGGCAUUGAGGGUAUCUAUCCGGUUGAGCACAAGAUGUGAAACUAAUAUUCUGGAAGCCCUAAAAGGAUGGCCUGUUUUCUGUGCGGUCAGCUUACCAUCUUGCAUAUUAGAGGAAAUUCUCUACCAGAUUGGAGAAUGGAGCAUCAUUUUCAAAUAUGGUUGGAGAUCUUUGGGAAAAACUCUCCUGCCAAGAUAAAGCACUUGGUAUGGCAAGCAUGUGUGAAUUCACUUCCAACUAAGGUGAAUAUGCCAUCGUGGUGUGUUUGUUGACUCUACAUGUGGGCGGUUUUGGAACCAUCAUGGAAGUGUUAUCCUUUUUUUUUUUUUCUUCCAAUGUGCUCUCUGGUUAUUAAGUCUGCUUAGAUUGGAUGUGUCCAUGCAUGCUGAUACUGAUAUGAGGCGAUGGUUAGAGUUCUUGUUCAAUAAGUUUGAUUCUAAGUUUGUUGAAAUUUUGCUCUCUUGGCCUGGUCUUUUGUUUCUAGAGUA